AUGGCUUAUGCCCUUACUGAACCACUCUACCCUCGUUUCAGUAACGGUUUAAACCCUCAUGUGUGGAAGGCAACAAGUUUGACCGGCAAUAAUGUUGUCGUGAAGCUUCGCAGGGACGCGGCCCAGUCAGCAGCAGAAUUUCAGAAGGAAGUAUCGCAAUGCCAGAGAUUUAAAGGGGCAGCACAUAUCAGGCAACUCUUAGACGUUAUCAAGGACGAAACUCCUAGCAAAGACUUCGAUCGCGGGAUGGUGCUGGAAUGGUUACCGGAAACACUUUGGGACGUGCGUGAAAAUGGACGCCUCACCAAGUUUGGUCUGGCUGGCAUUCGGAAGAUAAUGAGAGAUGCCCUUGAAGGUAUUGAGGAGCUACAUGCAGAAGGCGUUAUCCACCUAGCUUCCCCCCCUUCCACUGGGGUCGCGCAGCCUAUGCCUUACCGAAGCCCAGAGAUCUUAUUUGGACUCCGGUGGUCAAAAGAAGUCGAUAUAUGGGGUUGGGCCAUGGUGAUAUACGAGGAGAGAGUUCGCGUUGACGUGUUCCAUGAUUUCAAGCUGUACAAUAUACCGUUCUUUGAACAAUGCAAGGAUAGCUGGCCGGAGUUAGACCCGGAGAGAGAGGAGGUGACUAUUCGCUCGAUACUGGAGUAUUUACAAUUUCCGGAAGAAGACAUCCAUCUCUUGGAGAGGGUUAUGGUUCCUGAGCCUAAGGCACGUCCUACAGCGAAAGAUAUACUACGUCAAGGAUGGAUAAUCACUCGAGAAUGA